GUGGAGAUUAUGAUUUUAACAAAGCCAACUGGAUGGAUGUUGAAGUAGAACAAAAGCCGAAGAUACCUGCUUGGGAAAAAGACCUCAAUCCUAAUGAUGUUGGCAAGGAACAGUUCCCUGAUGAAUUCUAUUGUGAGGUUUGUGAUGUUAGAUGUACAGGUUCUGUAACCUUCAAGAUGCAUGUAGAGGGGAACAAACACAAAACGCUGUAAGCGGGAAGACAACUUCUCUGACUGCAGUCAACAUUAAACUUGUACCAUGUGACAGGCCAGCUAAAAUCACAAAAACCUUUGAGAGUAUGUGUGAGCCAUUGAUAGGUUUACAAUAUGUAACAGAAUUUCAGAAACAAGAUGAUAAACUGUCAUCUAAAUAUGUGUGCAACAUGUGUGAAUCAAAGUGUGAUGGUAACUCUAUUCUAUCACAUAUCACAGGGAUCAAACACAGAAUACGUUAUUUUAGGGAGCAUUAUCCAGACACCUAUCAGAAGAUGAUGGCUUACACAUCACGUAAGAAAUCUGAACAGAAUGGAUUUGCUGAAGAGUUUGCCAGAGACAUUGAAGCACGUGAAGGUCGUCAGGAUGUAAAGGUCAAACUAGAAAUUGAUGUAUCAACAGAAUUAGCUGCUGCAGACUUGAUCAAAAGUGGAGCUUUGAACCAUUUAUUGGAAGGAACCGGUCUUACAAAAGAAAAUCUGAAAAAUCUGAAUCUGGAAAGUUUAAAACCAGCAGCUCAAGAAACAAUGGAAGCAGUGAAAAUUGAGCCAGUAAUUAAAAAUGUGGAAGAGAGGUCAUUGAUAGAGAGAACAGUACCUAAACCCCAACCCCAAUCCCAACCCCAAUCAUUAAACAGACAAUUUGAAAGUCAAACAUUUUAUCAGAAAAACAAUGAUCAGAUGUCAUCAACUAGACAAGAGGGUAGAAUGUUACCUAAAAAGUUAUCCGAAGAGAGAAUGUUACCGAAACAAUUAUCAGAAGAGAGAAUGUUACCUCAAAGGUUAUCAGAAGAUAGAAUGUUACCUAGGCAUCAAGGAGACAAAAUGUUACCAGGAAGACCAGAAGAUAGACUGUUACCUAGGCAUCCAGAAGAAAGAAUGUUACCUAGAAGACCAGAAGAUAGACUGUUACCUAGGCAUUCAGAAGAAAGAAUGUUUCAAGGAAGACCAGAAGAUAGAUUAGCACCAGGGAGGUUGCUAUCAGAUCGAUAUGGAAGACCAGAUGAGGAUGAAUAUUUAAGACGAAGAAUGUAUGAUAGAAGAUUACCAAUGGAUGAUCCCUAUUACGGAAGAAGAGGUUUUAGGUCACAUGAUGACCCAUACUAUCAACCUUCAAGAUACCUUUCAAGAGAAGUCUCUAUCAAACCAGUAGUUGUCGUGGACUAUGGCCACAGUAGAACCAAAAGUCCUGUAGAAGAAGUCAGAACUGGUCUGACAGAGGAAGAGAGGUCUUUUAUGAAGAGAAAAACAGACGGAGAAUUGACUGAUGAAGAGCUGUUUCAAGAAUUCUUAAAGUGGAAAAAAUCUAAAUCUAUUUUAAAGCCGCCCUAUCAAGCUACUGUUACAUCAGAGAAUUACCAGAUUCAACCACCUACAGCUUCAACUCCUGAGGUGACAAUGGACCAACAGUCAAUGGAUUUACCAAGUUAUACCACUUCUGACCACUCUGCUCCAAAAACAUUAUCUGAAUCUUCCAAUAGUAAAAGUGUCAAGCCUGAAGCAACAUCAAGUGAGCCACACCUGCCACCACAAGUACAAGAACUAAUGUCUACUUUGUCCAAAUCUAUGAUCAGUUCAGAGGAUGAAGCAGCCAUGGCAUUACAGGUGUCUAAUGCCCUGACUCAAGCCCUCCUGGAAUAUCAACUCAAAAACAUAUCUAAAGAGUUGCAGGAUACAGUUGAGCAGCAACGCCAAAAACUACAGGAGCAGACAGGAAAUCUAUCCACAGGUAAACAUCAACCUAAAAAACAGAGUACCAAAAAACACAGAUUUGAUGCAUACGGUAUGAUAAAUGGAAAGACACAGGCAACAACAUCUUCAGACUUGGUUGUGACGUCUGUUAAAUCGUCAGUGUCAAAUACAACUGCCAAGUCAAAAAGUCAGAAAUGUGCUGUACAAAAUGUACAAAAAACAACAUCAGCACAGAGUACUGACAAUCAGGUGGUAACUCCACAAAACGAUAUGUAUCAGACUUCACAGGCAAUGAUGACAUCACAGGUAUCUGAACCUUAUUAUACAUCAUCACAAGGAAUGAUGACAUCACAGGUAUCUGAACCUCUUUAUUCAUCAUCACAAGGAAUGAUGAUAUCACAGGUGUCUGAACCUUUUUAUACAUCACAAGGAAUGAUUACAUCACAGGUAUCUGAACCUUAUUAUACAUCAUCACAAGGAAUGAUGACAUCACAGGUAUCUGAAACUUUUUAUACAUCACAAGAAAUGAUGACAUCACAGGUAUCUGAACCUUAUUAUACAUCAUCACAAGGAAUGAUGACAUCAGAAAUGUCACAAGCUUUUGAUGCACAGGGAAUGACAUCAUUGCCAAUAUCUUAUUAUCAACCUCAACCUGGUGGUGAUUAUACUUUUGCAGGAAAUGCUGGAUACACAAUGGCAUCAUACCAGCAAUUCCAGCAAACUCCACCAGGUCAGAUGUACGAUGGAAAUGCAUAUCAAUCAACCAUGGAUUGGAAUCAUAUGUAUAUGGCUCAAUCCAUGGUGCCACCUCCACCAAUGGUGCCUCCUCCUCCUCCAAUGGUGCAGCCACCACUGCCGGAUUUAGCACCACCCCCUCUGCCACCAGGGCCUCCUAUUGAGUAUCCCAAACCUCCACCACCCCCAGAAUGAAUCAAUGUUAUAAUGUUUUUUAUUUAAAAUCUAUUCCUAAACAUGUUUACUUUUUGAAAUGUACAGUUUAAAAUCUGUCUUAACUGUUUUUACUGCAUAACAAUUUGAAUUGUAUGUUUUUGCAGGUUAGGAGUUUAUAUAACAUUUUAAAGUGCUAGCCAAAGACAGAUCUCGGCUAUCCUUUGUGUUUAUUAUACAUAUGAUCCAUUUUAUUUUUAAAGGGUUUGAUCUGUAUUCAUGUAAUGAUAAUUACGUGACUAAUGUGAGAUAUUGCCAUCACUUCUUCAUCCGUAAAAUAGCAAAUUAAUAAUCAUCUCGUUUGAAACUACUGGGAAAUUAGAACUCUAGUUGUCUUGAAUUAUCUAAUGCAUAAUUGUUAUAUUUAGAAAAAUAUGAACAUAGGGUCCUUGAAGCCUAUUAUUUAGUUUAUUGUUUAAACAGGCUAUUUUUACAAAGUCUAAAGUAGUGAAUUAAUGGUCUGUCGGCCACAGGUUUUAAAUUAAUUAAAUUAAAUACAGUUUUUUUUAAUGGUUAAAUAUGAUAAAAAUGAUUUGGUGCUAAACCUAAAAAAAAAAAAAUUCUUUAAGAGGUUCAAACUUAAAAUUUGAGUGUUUUGAAUGAAGGAGAUACAAGUACAAUUAACUUUAACUUUAUUUAGGAAAGUCAAAAUUCUCAUAGUGCAUUUUUUUUUAAUUGGGAAAAUAGGAAAUUGUGAAUAUCUUUAAGAUCAAUAAGCCUUUCAAAAUGGACAUUUGUAUUGAAUUUUGCUACCAAUUCAUAUAAGUCAAUUAAUUAAUUACAUCUUUUAACAUAUAUAUGAGAAUUUGCAGAAAAUAUACAUUUUAUUGUUAAAUUUUAAUAUUGUUUAAAGCAUCUGAUUGAUUCAGCUAAAUGUGCACAGACAGUAGUCCUGACCAUCUUUUCUCCAACUACUGUGAGCAUUCAAAAACGAUGCGUUCAAUUUCAUGUUUAAUCUUAUAUUUUAAAUGUAAACAAUUCACUCUACUUACUUUAUAUAGAGCCCAAAAACUGCAAAAGUAUAGAUAGGAGGCCAAUGAAAUUUUGCACAGUUGUUGAGCAUAAUAUAUAGAUACACAUAUAUUAAAAAACUUGGUAAAAAAUUACUCUUUGUUCAAAAAUCAAUUUUCAGAAGCAUCUUCUUGUGAUAGGAUGUCAUAAAAAAAUUGAUAUAUAAUUUAGGCAAAAUAUCCAUUCCAAAAUGUUUCCUGAAGUCAAAAUUGUGUUAAAAACUUAGUUUUUGUUAGAAAAAUGAUAAAUGAUUCUCUGUCUUAAAAUUAUUGGUUGCCAACCAUUUACGAAAAUGCCCACCAAAAUGCUUGGAUUUUAACAAAACAUAUAUUAAUGGAGAACACAUCCUGAAUGAAUUGCUGGUGGUAAAAUUUAUGAAAAUUGACAACCUAUGAACAUUUGCUUUGUAUGCAUCAAGUCUCUUUGCCUCACAUAAGAAUGUGCAAGCAGGCCGUUGCUGACAUGUCAGUUUUCUAGUUUGAAUAUGUUUUGCAAAAUUAAACAAUAAUAGACAAGAAUAAGAGGUUCUUUUAGAUUUGUCAAAACAUAACAAUAUCAAUCUUAAGAAUUUAAAUGCAGCUAAGUAGCAAUUUUACCCCCAAAAAAUGUGUAAAAAAUCACUGAGGUGGAAGUUUUGGUGAAGAAUUUUGUUAACCUAAUUCAUCUUUUGUCAUUGCAACAAAUACAAUUAACACCUUAUUAUGGAACAAGAUGAUAUGUUGGUAAAGUGUACCUAAAUAAUUUAGUUGCUAAAACUUACUUGGACCAAUUCAUGAAAAUUUGCUUGUAACUGUUUUUAAAGAGUUAGUUGUUAAAUAUAAUUGUGUAUUAUUAUCAGCAUUGUUGUACAAAAAUAAAUACUGGAAAUAUA